AUGGACAUCCUAUUCUCUCCAUACGGCGUCGGGUGCCUGCCCAAGUCAGCCAUGGCUGAGGUCCAGCAGAGGACUGAGGAGCUCCUCACAUCUAGCAGCUUCCAGCGCAUGUUGGAGCUGGAGAAAAAAUACAAGAUGGAGCGAUUGCGUGGGACUCAACAACUACUUCCCCCGCCCUCUCGGUCUUCCACCGAACAGAAAGACGGGCCUCCCCCUCGGCCGCCUCGUCCUGACCAUCUGUCCCAGGAGCAAAAUUAUCUAAUGCUGAGAAUUGCGCAGAGGAGUGUUAUCGUACCUUCUCUUUCCAUUACCAUCCCCCCGGCCACAGACUACGAUAAAGGGGACCACUUCAGCGACGGAGAGGAAGAGCAACAGGGUGAAAAGCAUGCUGGUCUUGGCACUCCCACGAAUAGCGAGGUAUUGCACAAGCAAGUAAAGUUCCUCGCGCCAGAGGACGGUCAGGACCAGGAGGUCGACGAAGAUGAGGAGGAGGACGAAGCCAUGUCAGAGCAAUCAUCAAUAUGUCAGUCGCCGAGUUGGGAAGGCUACGGCCAGAGAAAGAAGGAAAAGAAGUUGGAGGCCGAGCGCCGCAAACGAGAAAAGGAGCGGACUGAGAAGGAAGCCAAAGCGGCUAAAAAACGGAAUACUACCAGACUGAGCAAGCCUCCGCCGCCGCCGCCGCCGAGAACUGCCAGUUACGACCCGAGGCCUAGUGGUAUAACAAACGCGGACCGCUCAAUGUCAGACCCGUUGCUCACCAACCAGCAUCUUCUAGAAGCCAGCCAGGCCAUUCACAGGCCUGAGGAUGUUGGAAGGGCGGCCUCGGCCGACGACCUGCAACAGAACUGGCGACAUCGCCAUGCUGUUCCCGAAGUCCUCUCCGGCCCCAGAUCUAAAAUGGAACCGUCUGGGAGCGGCAAGAAGCUGAAUGGGGAAACGGAGAAAACCUUCAGAGCACAGGCCAUACCUCCAUCUUUCGCAUGCAGGCCGGAAGUGCGAUCUUUCCGAGAUGCACGCCCGCCGUCCGCCUCGAGGACCCCAAUGCUCACAAAUGGAGCUCGCCGGGAGGGGUACGUUCACUAUCAAAGGGCGCAGAGCCAGGAACGGGCAAUGGCUGCGCUUGCGGAUGAGCAACUUGUUGGAAAUCUUGGCCAGGUCUACCCCCCAAGGAGCAGCUCUCAGCAGGAUCAAGAACCGAGACGGCUUUCCCUGACGCAAGAAGCAAAAUUCGCCGCAAUGAAGCUCGUAGGCAUGAGAGGGACUCCCGCAGUGAGUGAUGAUAUUGUGAAAAGUACCAGUUCGAGCACCCAGAACGAUUACUUUACCUUCAAAGCCGUCCCGUAUUCCGCCUCCGGCUCAGAAAUUACGCCGUCGAUGGGGAAUAUGCCUACAUUACCCAGGAGUCGGGAUGGGCCGACGACGCAGACACAUGUCGACUCACAUCCUUUGGCCGCGGUUGCUGCUUCAUCACACAAUACUCGUGGAUUGGAUGAGAACGCCCUUGUCAGGCCACCCACGUCCCAAAAUUCUGCCAGUUCAUCAGAUCCGUCAGUUGCCGGCCCGUUUUCCAGCCACAACAGCAAGAAGGCUCGUAACAUGAAGGGUGCCGCGAUGGCCGCUCUAAGCAUGUCCAAGAGUUCUCGGGACCAGCCAGAAGUGUCCAAAAAGUCUGUGUCAGCGCCACCUUACUUGAAACUGCGAGCUCUGAUGCAUUCCCGUGCGCAAACUCAUGCAGAGGGCGGCAAGGUGCAGCUGGCCACCGACAGAGCCCCAGAGGGAUUCUCGAGUCCCAUGGUGACCCCCGCGGUUCCCGACCCAGUCAAGACAACCGAGACAAGGGCUCCGGAAGGGUGCCGGGCUUCAGAGGCUUCUUCGUCAUCAUCCGCCUUUGAAGACGGAUCGGCACUUCCGUCACCGGCCACAACUCCGGACACUUCACGGCCACAAUCAGCAAAAGACAUUCCUUUGGCUGCAAGUGAGCCCCGAAAAGACCUGCCUCAGCGUUCCGGCCUGCAAGAUGACGAACGCACACUUCGGGCUUCUCUCGAUUCCAGCAAAUCGAGCACUCCUCGCCUGGUUGAUGCCGAAGUACGCGAGGGCGUGGAGAUGGAUGAUCAAGACCGAUGGAGUAGGACAGCCUUGCCAAUUGAUAUUGACGCUGACCCUCAAUCGCCAACGACUUCAGAGCCAAACAUUGGCAGCUUGGACGCUGCCGAUCAGUGGUUGCCAAACUACCCGCCGGCUUCCCCCAAGACGACCCAGCAGCCCAUCUGCGAAACCUUCCCUACGGCGGUGCAGCACCCGCAGCCGCGCAAACCGUUUGAGAAUCACGGCCUCAGUCGCUCUAACACUGACACUGUCCUUAUGGUACCGCCGCGAUCCAAGAAACGGGGUCAUGCUAAGCCUAACGGCCCGAUGGGAAGCCCGAAGGAAGCUUCUUCCCCAAUUGUGCAGGCAGGCGGGGACAUUGAAAAUACUUAUGAAGGACUUGGGGUUGCCGGCGAAGGGGAUAGACUGGCUCAGACACCGACCGUGAGGCCAGGUGUGGAUGGAGAUGAUAGGCACAUUGAUGAGCGCUUGGGUUGCUCAAGAUCAUUGAGCGAUAGUGCGGUAUCCCUUGAACAGGUGAACGUUAAGAUGAAGGAGGUAAAGGAAGAAAAGCAUAAGAGACAAUAUCACCAAAGACAGACGGAAUCAAGAAAGCCGGAUAUCGAGGCGGAAUCAGAGUGGGCCGGACGGAGGGACGAGGUUCAACAGACUUCCGAUGGCCAUAUGCACCGCAACUGGACAUCUGGCUCAAUCUCCUCGACGAGUUCGAACGUUCUCUCUUCCGGUCCAAGAUCACCUGCAGAUUUCCAACUCCCCAGCAAUCCUUAUCUUGCGGAAUUUUCAGAGCCAGCCAAGGAUCAGGCUACGUUUCCCGAGAUUUCAACGUCUGCCGGAUCGCCGUCUCCUCUGGCCAGCCCAGUGUCUCGUGCAGCUUCGAACCCUUCGCCACAGCCUCGGAUGCAAUCAUCGGCAACGAGUUCACCAAGAGCAUCCACGCCGGCCGGUCGACAUGGCGGAAUAGUACCAGUGUCAAUACUCAAGCAGCCAAAGAACGCGACGGUCGAGCCGGCGGCGACGACACCCAAGGCGCCUGUCCUUUCAGCGAUUCCAAAACACAUGCAGUUGCAGGCGGGUCUCUCGGUCCGGCCACCAGCUGCGGCGGCAGAGACGCGCAUGGCCCCGAUUGCCAAGAUGUUUGUGGAGUGCUGCAACUGCAAAUUCUACCAUGACAUGCCGUCCAAGAUUUAUGAAUGCAUGGCCAAGCCAGACGCGGUGGUGGAGGAUAGGGCGCUAGGGAUUUCGGGUGCUAUUACAACCAUGGUCAAGUGCCCAUGGUGCCAUCACAACAUGAGCAGAAAUUGCUGUGCCGGUUAUGCGGCGGUGGUGUACCUGAAGGAGAAGCUCCAUUGA